AUGAUUCUAUUUCCUAUUUGGUAAUUUUUUCAAAAUCUUUAAUUAUCCACGAAAUAAAGCUGUCUGGCAUGUCUGCGCUCUCUUACACCUCAUAGAGAAAUGAGAAUAACGCGACAGAAACGAGAAGUCCAGACAGGUCAGACGCUUCAAAACUGUGGCGGAAUAAGUAUGACAACCUAUUUCUACAUUUUCAGGUACAUGAAGGUGAAAACAAAGAUCUAUGUCAGUUUAAUGGUUCUGCCGCCCACGAUUUAUGGAACUAUCACGAUGUUGGGCGGAUUCUUGUACAUGGACGACGAAAUCAUCAUUUUUUGUAAUCCUCCUAUCGGUUAGUUUCAUACUAUAACGAUUUUUUAAUGCUAUCGUGGUCGCACGUGGUAUGACUCCAAGGGUGUCGAGGUUUUUUUCAAAGCUCCGAUGCUUUUUUUAUUUCACUGCCGCUUAUCAGAGCCAUUCCAAGUGCGACCAUAGAAUAAAAAAAUUAAUUUUUGGUAAAAAAAGAGUUUAUUGUGUAUUGAAUUAGCCAGCGUACAACAAGAAAAAGAUGAGGAUUUCGCGAUUCCAGGCCUUCAUCCAAUACCCAGCCAGUUUUGGUCUUUGUCCAGUGUCGUCAUAUACACUACGGCCUUUGUCCUUUUUUCGCUUCUGGUCACCUUUUUCUCCAGGAAAAGUAAGUUAACGAGAAGUUUUCUAAGUUUAAAGUGUAAGAUGAGUAAUAGUGAAUCGGUAAAUUUUAUGUGAUUUUCACAGCGGGUAAAUGAAACAGUAAGCUGGUAACGUUAAUUGAGGGUUUUUAUUUGUCAAUGGGCUAAAAUUUGAUUUUUUUUUUUUUGUAGUUUGUCAGAUGUAGUUUGAUAUUUUUUUCAUUUCCAUCACAGGUAGCGAAACACCUGAAGCCAAAAAGUUGGCUCGGCAUCUGAAAGUGACUAUGGCCGUUUUUGUGGGCUCUUCCUAUGCCGGUUUAUUUGGAACUUGGUUUUUUGGCGUUGCCUUUUGGCAGAAGCUCGGUUUUGAGGAAAGUACGAUGGACUACGCGCAAAGUAACAUGGUGGGUAUCACAAACACCAUAUUCAGACUUAAAUAUGGUGUUUUUCCAAACUUCAGGUGCUUAUAGCGUUGAUUUGCUACACGGAAUCCUACUUUAUUCUAAUGUGGCGGUCAAAAGAGUAUCGGAACGCAUUUACCCGUUUCUGGGGCUUUCCCAAAACAGUUUAUUCAGAUACAAGGAGAAGCCUCAGUACGAUUAG